UGCGAUAGCACGAGGCGGUGGCUUUAAAAGUUAGCUAGCUAAAUAGGCUAGUUGGCUAGUUAGCCAACUGCAGCUAAGCGGCUGCACUCAGUUGGCUGUAUCCAGCUAAUUAGCCAACUAGCUGGCUAACUGUGUUAAAACUAACCCAUAUUUACCUGCCAGCUGUGAAAGUCCACGGCAAACACUAUUAGCGAGCAAGAAGACGAGAAGCGUUAGCUGGCUGGCUAGCUGGCUAGCUUAUCUAGCUAACUAGAUAGCGCGCCGGCUAACAUACAUAAACAAUGCUUUCCCGCCUGGGUUUGAAAAACCUCGAUUGAGUCUACGCCGUGCCCACUUACUUCACCCACAACAAAACUUUCCAUUCCAACUUGUUUGAUAGCUGUGAUCGGUUUGACGUUUCGGUGAGACACUGAAAAGGCACUAACAGCGUUUCUAGGCUCUUUAACUUCUGAUAGUCUGUUCUGGUUCCACCUUUCUGGUCAGAGUGGAGUUUGAUCACUGCCUUUGGAUGGUUAUGAUGCGAUUGGUGCCCGUUUGCUUAGAGCUGUUAUCGAUGAAAAAGGUUCAGUUUAUUAAUAAGAGUUCAGUUGGGUUCACUGGGGACAUUGGGACAUGGGAAUUUUAUCCCACACUGUGAUGGAGGGUGAGGUGAGCCUGGUGGCAGGCCGCAGUCAGAGGGAGAAGAGGAGAUCUUAUAAAGACCUCCUGCGAGAAGAAGAAAUCAUUGAUGCAGAGGUUCGCAAGUCCUCGAAGAAACGUCCAAAGGACGCAGAGGGGCACUUAGCAAACAGUGAGCUUCACAAGAAGAAAAAGAAGAAGCAUGAGGAAGAUGAUUGUCACUACAAAGACCAUGGCUCUGGGUCACACCACAAGAAGAAGAAAAGACUUUUGGACAGUCAUGGUGCAUCCGUGUCCUCCUCCACCUCUCCACACACUGCUGUGACUGCCAUGGGCCUCCUCCAAGCCAUCACUUCCCCCACGGCCGUGGGCUCUGAGCCCAGCCCCUCAUUUCCCAAGAAACCUUUGUACCCCUCCCACCACAUGGUUAAGGAGAAAAAAAAAGAGAAUAUGGGGAUGCCCAAGCCUGUGAAGAAACAACAACAACAACAACAACAACAACAACAACAGCAGCAGCAGCAGCAGCAGCACAUAGUGCGAGAGGCACUGCCUGUGGUUGGAGAGGAAGUGGAGUUGGAAGGGCACUAUGGGGGUUCGUAUGAAUUUCUGGACGAUGACAGCUCCUCUUCGGGGGAGGACACAGAUAACGGGCAGCUUGUCAUUGACGACUCUUUUGCUCCGUAUAGCAAGAAGAGCAAAAAGAGCAAGAAAAGCAAGAAGAAGAAGGAUAAAGAGAGAGACAGAGAUAGAGAGCACAGGCAUAAACACAGCAGCAAAAGCGUGAAGAAAAACACAACCAAUGGCAGUUCCGAUGGUGGGUUAUACACUGUAGGACGGUCAGGAUCUCACAGUGAGAAGAAAAAGAAGAAAGAUGAGAAGUCCAGGUUAAAGGUAGAGAAGACAAAGAAGAAAGGGCUCACAGCAUAUCAGAUCUUCUAUAAGGAAUAUCGGUUGAGCAUCCUAGAGGAACAGCCAGGUCUAGAAUUUGGGGACUUGAGUAAGAAGUUGGCAGACGCUUGGAAGCAGCUCCCUGAGGGAGAUAAACAGGUGUGGAGGGAAAGGGCGGAGUAUCUUCAGCACAAGAGGAUGAAGUCAGAGUCCAGUACAAGUAAACACAGCAAACACAGCCAGCCCAAACCUGCCAAAGACACCAGCAAAUCAAAAGGUGGUGCGUCAUUCACAAACGUGGUUGCCCCUGCAACAGUAAUGCCAGCAGUAUCAAGUGUGCCGAAGAGAGCGGAGCCAGUAGUCUCCCCGACGCAGAACGGUACAGCUCUGGUUCCAUUAGCUGAAGUCCCAUCCUCCCCUCUCAGAGACCCAGAAGUGGACCCCAUCGAUGCCGCUGCACACUUGCAGCUGCUGGGGGAAUCACUCUCUCUGAUUGGUCGCAGGCUGCAGGAAACCGAGGGUAUGGUGACGGUGUCAGGCUCUCUCUCUGUUCUUUUGGAUUCUGUGCUGUGUGCUCUCGGUCCUUUGGCGUGUCUCACCGCUCAGGUGCCAGAACUCAAUGGCUGCCCUCCGCACGUACUGUCAAACACUCUGGACAAUAUAGCCUAUGUCAUGCCUGGACUCUGAAUGCUGCCGGACCAUCUCUCCACCUGGCCUCCCCCACCCCUCUCAUGCACACUCACACUAUCUCUCUCUCUCUCUCUCUCACUCUCUCUCUCUCUCUCUCUCUCUGUCUGACUCUCUCUGUCUGACUCUCUCUCUCUCUCUCUCGCUCUAACUCUCUCUCUCUCUCUCUCGCUCUAACUCUCUCUCUCUCUCUCACUCACUCUAACACUCUCUUUUCUCUCUCACUCUCUCUCUCUCCCCUAUGUGUGAAUAAAGGACCUUAGCUGGUAGCUCCUCACCCUUGGGCCCUUGCUGGCCCAAACAAUACUCCUGUUUUUCAACAAGGAAAAGGACUUGAAUUGCACAUUUUUGCACUGGACAGACCACAGGAACAAGUCUACUUUUAACCUGCUUCUUAACCCGUUGUUCCAUUUUUAUCCUAUCUACUAUUGAUUUUGUAUUUCUGUUGGUGUGUGUUUUGUUCUUUCAAUUAAAAGUAUUUUAGUGAUCGCUUUUA